AUGAGGCUGCUAUAUAAAACUGGUCCGAUGGAGUCUCUCAGAAAAUGGUUCUACAAACCAAAGAGAGACGACCGAUCGCUCCUAGCUCAGUUCUUCUUCGCGGACGACGCCCUGAACAUGGUGGCGGCCGAACUGGACUCAUUCGACGGCCGAAAGGAUCCAGAGAGGUGCUCCACCCUCGUGAACCAGUUGAGGCACGCGCAGGACAGGGUGUUGAACAUCACUAGCCAGAUUAUGGACCAAGUUCUGGGCGACGAGAGGGUGGCACGAGGCUUCAGGGUCAAGUUCCCCGAGGACGUGCUCCAGGACAACCUCGCAGGUCAGCUGUGGUUCGGUGCUGAGUGCCUGGCGGCCGGCUCGUCGAUAAUGAACCGCGAGGAGGAGUCUGCCGCCAUGAGACCACUGGCGAAGGCCCUCACCCGAAGCCUGGAGACGGUGAGGUCCCUUCUGCGGGAGCAGUGCUUGCGCCCCAGGGGUCUGGCGCUCUCGCAGCACGACGACAUGCUGCACGAGAGCCUGAGGAUAUUCGAUCGUUUGUUCGCCGAAUUCGAACUGUGCUACGUGAGCGCGAUGGUGAACGUGAAGACGCCGCACGAAUUCGAAGCGCAACAGCUGAUCUGCGUCCUCUUCUCCGAGAGUCUUGGACGAGCGCUGAAGCAGGGAUUGCUCACCCAGGAGCAGGUGGACUCUUACGAUCCCGCUUUGAUGUUCGCCGUGCCCCGUUUGGCCAUCGUCAGCGGUUUGCUUAUCUACUCGAGUGGGCCGCUGAGCAUAGACAAACCGCCAGAGGAGAUGUCGGACAUGUUCCGGCCGUUCCGCACCCUCCUGCACAAGAUCCGGUCGUUGCUGUGGACGCUGGAGAGGCGAGAGCUUCUCGCCCUGGAGAGGCUGCUCUGCACCAACGAGGAUAUCUCCAGCCUAGCGGGCCUCGGCUUACAGCAAACUGUGGAGACGACUUCCGACACGGCCUGCCACUAUCCGGACAUUGGAGAGUUCGUAUCCAAGUUCUACGCAGAUCACGCGCACUGCCGCGACCUCUACACCACGCAAAGUUCCAGCGAACCGACUAUCACGGACGGCGACUACUUGCCGGACAACAUCGAAGUGAUGACGCCGAUCAUAGACGGGCUGAGGCGGCUCACCGAGGGCAGCGGGACGACCCACAGCGACGACGAAGCGGAAGCGAGGUCCACACCGCACCGCUGCUCCGACACACUCCACACGGGCGAGGGCCGCGACGCGGAAAGAUCUAGAAAGCCUAGCCGCGCGGAGGUCAACGACCUCGCCUCCCUCCGCAACCUCUCCACCGGCGGCCUGAUGAUGUUCGACCCGCUCGUCAUAAACGCGAUGAGCGCCUCCACGUCCGCCGAGAGCGGCCGCCAGCUGCCCGACCACGACCUGGUGACGUCACUCAACGAACAGGUGACCGAGAUCGCGGACCGGCUCUCGUCGUUCGCGACCGACAUGGACCCCCUCGAGCACAAUCCCGUUCACUCGUUCUCCGCGAACGACGUGCCGGCGCUCGUCUCGAUCGGCGGCGCGGACGCGUACGCCGGCCCGAGGAAUGAGCAGCUCAGCUGCAUGCCGUCCACCAGCCACGGCUACCUGAUACCGAACGCGAUCAGCCAGGAGCCGGCAGUGCUGGCGUCGCUCUCGCACAACAGCUCGGCCGUGUUCGCCCCUGAGGGGGAGCCAGACUGCGACGGGCAGCUGCUCGGAGCGGACGCGCCUAUCAACUCGCUCAUGAUGGCAGACGGAAUCGACGCGGAAAUCGUGAGCGCGAACAUAUGCAUUGCGAACGCGAACUUGAGCUCGCUGCUGCUGACCAACGACGAGAUGAGGCGGAGCUUCGCUGACCCGAGCGGCGAGGCGGCGGCCGGGGAGCGGGUCAGCUUCGUGCUCGGCUACGAGAGCGAGCAGGAGUCGGCAGCCGACUCGGGGGUCAGCACGGAGAACGCCAGCCUCGACCGCUCGCCUGACUCUGACCAGGUCGGGGACGGCUUCAUGCAGCGGAACCGCGUGCUGAGCGGCGCAGACGGCCAGAGUGAAGGAGCGGUUAAGAGCCAGGGUGUCCUGGAGGGUUCGUUCUCGAACGCCGAUGACGUCACGGUGGACGUCAACUACGCGGAGGCCGAGAUGCAGAAGAGCGAAGCGGGCUCCUCCAAUAUAAUGGACGGUGUGGAUAUAGAGAGGCUCGGUGAAACGGACGCGACUAACGACGCGGCGAGCGUAAACAGCGUAAAGACCCUGGACUGGGAGAACACUGAGCAUCACAGGACGAUAGACGAAGUUUUAAAAGAGCUGAGGAGGAGUUCGGAGAAGAGUGUAGAGGAAGAGAGCAGUCGCGGCUCCGGAGCGGAGUCGGCUAACACCUCGCAGAGCGGCACCAGACAGAGGAAGACGAGGAAGUGCACAAGCGCCAAGAGCAAGAAGAAGAAGGGCAAGAUGUGGUCGCCGGGCAUCGUGAUAUUGGACAACCGGAACAUGCACACUCAGAACCCUCUGAGGUUGAACUUGGAUCAUUACAUGGACGAGAGCGGGGCGUUGUGUGUGUCAGAGUGUGCGGACGACGAGCAGAUCGCCCUUGCUCUGCAGGCCCAGGAGUUGGCGGCGAGGCAGCAGGCGAGGGGCAAGUUCAAAUCGAGCGAGGACCUGAUCCACCGGCUGUUCGUGUGCAUAGCGGGCGUCGCCGACCAGCUGCAGACCAACUUCGCAGCGGACCUUCGGAACAUUCUCAAGUCGGUCUUCCUCAUGAACCAGACGCCCGACGCUCCCGACAGCCCGACCGACCAGCCAGAUGAGAGCCCCGCCAUCGAGUACGAGGCGACCGAAGAGCAGGUCAUACAGAAUGGUAGCUCGUUCGACAGCGUGUACUCGGCGGAGGAGGUGUACGCGGACAGCGCGUCCGACUCGUCGCGCUCGGACUCGAACGGGCGCGGCGCGGUGGUCGACCCGAGUCCGCUCUCCGCUGAGCAGCCGGCGCCGGUGGAAGCCGCAAGGAAGCCCGUGGACGGAGGCGGCAAUCUGCAGGCGUCCGUUUCCACCGGCGACCUGACGUACAGGCGAGACGAGGAGCGCUCCGCUUCGCCGUGCGUGGAGCGCGCUCCCGAAUGGGUGCCCGACAUAGCGGCGCCGUCAUGCAUGCGGUGCUCGGCUCACUUCACGGCGUUCAGGCGGCGCCACCACUGCCGCAAUUGCGGCAAGGUGUUCUGCGCUUCGUGCAGCUCAAACUCGAUCCCGCUGCCCCGCUACGGGCAGCUGAAGCCGGUGCGCGUGUGCGAGGAGUGCUUCCAGCACGCGGCGCGCCACUGCCGCCGUUCCAACGGACCCCACCACCGG